CAAUGUCUGCACAGAGUCCAGCCCACGUUGAGCCUCAGCUUGUCUUAACUUGCUGCAGAAGGAAAACACCUCCUCAGAUACAGUCGUCUGGAGCUCUGAGAGCAGCAAUUAUUAUUAUUAAUUUACCUAAUUUUUAUUUUUAUUUAUAACCACGGGGAAAGUCUCCCUGAAACUAUAUUGGUACAGCCUCAAGGUUUUUCUAUCCUAUUUAGUUUUUAUUAUUUCAGGGUCGGAUACAACCACAAAUACACUGAUGGGGAUGAAACGUUCUGUGACUUAUCCAGUUACACUGAUGCUGCUCCUGAUAACCUGCAAGGACUGCACCGGAUUUAACGUUGACUUCAGGGCCACUGUACUGGGGGUCCGACUGGGUGUCAACACCUACACUACGGGUUUUUUAUGAUAUGGACACAGCCACCAGAGGUAAUAAAUCUAUACACUUGCAGUGGAUCCUCCUGAGGACCUCGUGAUUCUAGACCCUGGUCAUCUUGGACGCCUUGACGUUACAUGGAGACCCCCGGCCAGCUUGAUCAACAUGACAGAGUGCACCAUACGGUACCAGCUGGAGUACUACAACACAAACAAGGACAGCUGGACGGCCAUCAGGACGCCUUGGAGGUCUUACAACGCUCAGUUCGACCUGAUGAAAGACGUCAGAGUGAGAGUGUACACGCUGCUGAAUGGACCCUGCACCAAUGGCACCUUGGUCAAGAGUGUGAGCUACACAGAACUGGUUCAAAAACCUUCCAACAAAGGUGUUGUCGGUUCCAGGGUCAAGGAUUUCAUCUGUGUCUUCUAUAGCAUGGAGAACAUGGAGUGCAAAUGGGGAAGAAACCCAAAGAUACCAGACAGCUCACAGCAAAAUCUUUAUUUCUGGCACAAGGACCUGGAACGGGCUGAGGAAUGUCCGAAGUACAUCAUUUCAGGUGGAGUCAGGAGCGGCUGCAACUUCACGAAGAAUGAUCUUCCUCAUUUCACUGAUAUAAAUUUUUGCCUCAAUGGUUCCUCGCCUGACGGACCCCUGAAACCAACAUUCACCUCCCUGCAAGUCCAAAACCAAGUGAAGCCUGGGGCCCCACAGAAGCUGCAUCUGCUAAGGGGUCCAGACAAGCAACUGGAAAUACAGUGGGAAAGUCCUGUUGGGAGUGUUCCUGAACACUGCCUUGAAUGGGAGGUAGAACACAGUCAAGAGGGACCUGACGGAAAAAUAACAACGCACAAGAGUUUAACCACAGAGAGAAGCCUGACUCUGCCCCUCAACCCCGACAAUGAAAGAAACUGUUUCAAGGUGCGGUCCAAAUUACAUCAGUAUUGUGUGGACAAAAGCUUCUGCAGUGAGUGGAGUCGUCCAACCUGUCACCCAGAAAUGAAAGAAGUCCGCCCUAAACCAGAAUGGGACAUGGUACGGGUCUAUGUAUACAUUGCUGUUGCCAUCACUGCCACACUGGUGCUGACUCUGGGUUUGGGUACAAUGCUCAAACUGAGGACAUCAAGACAAGCGAAGAAGCGUGACUCUGUGACCUGUUUGUCAGAAGUUCAGCUCCUACAAUGACGGAGGCCUGAAGGGAUAAGUGUGAUUGGAAAUCACUAUGAAGCCCUGAAACAUGGCGUCCAGUCAUUGACUGAUUGUAACCACUGCUGACACAUGAGUGUAGAUGCUACAUAUUAGACUGAAGGCUGCAAUAGGUUAUUUACAAAAACAAAUAAUUUGCACAGCAGUAUUAUAUUGCUUCUCUGUGCACUGCGUUUUUAUUAUAUUGUUUCAUGCAACGGCUACAUUUUUACGAUUGCUCUGAGAUGUGUUAUUAACCGGAAUUGUUUUGUGUCAAGUUUUAUUGUUUCCUUUUUGCCUCAAAUCUUGCCAGUUAGUUCAGACAACAACAGUUUUAUUUAGUGUGAAUCCGGCACACAGGGAUCACAUAUGUGCAAUGGUUUUAUGUUACUGCACUCAACUUGACUUUCAUCGGCUGCAGAAUUCACAGUCUAAGUUUGAGAGAUUUACAUCUUUUUAAAUGGUUAAUUUAAAGAGAGGAACUUAGUUUAAAGUUUGAAAACACAAUGCUGCCGGCUCACAGGCCAUAUGUUCACAGAUUCAACGCCUUGAGGAAAUUUCUUGGAGAUGAACUCAUGGAUAAGCUGAUAAAAGUUUGGUGGUAACACAUCACUGACCUCACAAAGCACAUGUUGUGCCUUGCCUUGCCUUUUUGAUGAUUUCAGUGUGUCAUAAGAUGUUUGUUUUUUAUUAUUAUCACAGCAUAGCAAAUCAUGGUAAUUAACAUUUCAAGAAACCUGAAGUGAAAUGUUGACUUUUGAAUGAUACUGAUGUGUCAGCAUAUUGUGGAGAAAAUAACACAAUAAAAUGUUUAAUAG